UACCGCCAGCAUGAAGAAGCAGAACGUACGGACUCUGUCGCUAAUCCUUUGCAUGUUUUCUUACUUGCUGGUGGGAGCCGCAGUCUUCGAUGCACUGGAGUCCGAAUCCGAGAGUUCUCGGAAAAGGAUCUUGGAGCUCAAGCGCAACGAAAUGAAGAAGAAGUAUCGCUUCUCAGAAGACGACUAUCGGGAGAUCGAGCGAGUGGUUCUGCAAGCUGAGCCCCACCGCGCCGGCAGGCAGUGGAAAUUCGCGGGCUCGUUUUACUUUGCCAUCACAGUUAUCACUACCAUAGGAUAUGGCCAUGCUGCUCCAGGAACAGAUGCUGGGAAAGUGUUCUGUAUGUUUUAUGCAGUGCUGGGGAUCCCACUUACUUUGGUAAUGUUCCAGAGCUUGGGUGAGAGGAUGAACACAUUUGUCCGGUACCUGCUAAAGAAAGUCAAAAGCUGUCUAGGUAUGAGGAGGACAGAGGUCUCAAUGGAGAAUAUGGUGUUGGUUGGCUUUCUUUCCUGCAUUGGGACACUCUGCAUUGGGGCGACUGCUUUCUCUCACUUUGAAGGCUGGACUUUCUUCCAUGCCUACUAUUAUUGCUUUAUUACACUCACAACCAUUGGCUUUGGGGAUUUUGUAGCUCUCCAAAAGAAGGAGGACCUUCAAGAAAAAACGCCCUAUGUGGCCUUCAGCUUUAUGUACAUUCUUGUUGGGCUGACUGUGAUCGGAGCAUUUCUUAAUUUGGUGGUCCUUCGUUUUCUGACCAUGAACUCAGAAGAUGAAAGAAGAGAUGCAGAGGAACGCGCCUCAAUAAAAAGAGAGCGAGAUAUGAUUGCAUUGAGCAUGGGGGAAGAUGGCAGGAGCCACAGCACUCUUUUCUUGCCUAUGGAGGAAGGGACCAGCCGUACUAACCUUCUUCCAUUGGUCAAGGAGGAUCAAGAAGACAUGCAGAGACAACGUCCUUUGAAGCCUGAAUCCAGGAUUGGAAAAUUUUGCUCCUGCAUAUGCUACCGUUCUCAGAAUUGUGAUAGUCCCCCUGGAUCACAUCAGGAACAUUUGAGUUGCCAUACUAAUUCAAUUUACUACAAUUCAAUUUCCUACAAGAUUGAUGGUAUUUCAUUAAGCACAAGGGACAAUACAACUUUGUCUUCACCCGGCAGCACACUAUCGCCAGGUCACUACAGUCUCGGGGAGCACCUGAGGACCCGAAGAAAAUCCAUAUAAGCAUUGUAACAGUAUAUGGAUACGUAUGAGGUCCAAUACCUUUAUUAUAUCUAGGCCAUGAACUGGUUAUCAUGCCAAAUAUGAGUUUCUUGACUUUGUACAGAACGGGUCAGUUAGUUCGAAGGAACUGUUUACUUUUAGCAAGAUGAGUGCUGGGAGGCUCUGUAGAUCAUUUUUUCCCCCCAGAUAACUGGUACUGAUAACUUGUCUCACACGCAGUACAGUCUAUACAGUUUGCCACUUAUUUCUUCUUUCGCCCAUCAAGGCAGCUGCCCAGAAACAGAGACUGUUGUGCAAGAAAAAAGAGUCACAAGAGACAGCAGCAGUCAUGAAAAUGAGCUAUAAAUUCUAUCUAGUAGAUAUAUGGCAUCAAUUUAGUUACACUUUGUUCUGGGGGAUGCAAGAAAUAUUGAGAAAAAACUGUGAUAAUUCUCUUUAAUGUUUUUCUGAAGGAAAUUCAUUGGCAAGUGCCAUAUAAAUCUUGGAGGUGCCAGCCAGUUGGGAUUCUCAGUUAUUCUUUGAGCUGCACUUUUAGCUUUCCCUGCCAAUCAAAGGUGGGCUGAGCACAGUUCUAGACCUUUCACCUUUCUACAUUUUCGGAAUAACUUCAAGAAGGUAAAUUUAAAAGAGUGUAUAUCACUAACUAGCCAACAAGUCAGUGGUAGAGUAUUAUUGAGUAAGAACCCCCCAAGGAUUACCCUACAAUAUUCUGUAAUUAAAAUUAAACAAAUGCACAUUUUGAAAUCAUCUCCUACUGAACAGUAGACUGAGAAACAGCAGAUAAAAUAAGGUUGCUUACUGACAUUUUAGUACUUGUAUGGUGAACUGUCAGCUUAUACAAGGCAAGGAAUGUAUCCUUACCAUUGUGAGGUCUCUUUAAGCUUUAAUACAAAGCACUUUACUUAACUAAAUGUUGAAACAAAACUGAUGGUAUUAUGAUUUCCUGUAAAUCAGUACCAUGAACUUUUAUAAACAUUUUUAACCUUACAGUUUUGGCAUUUGUCCUUUGAUACCAAAAUGCCUGUUUCUACAUUUGACUCUGUCUUUAGCUUUUUAAAGUUCUUCCUGCUUUAUAGAAUUAACCGCACUCCUGCCCUCUCCCUUAUGAUGUUUAUAAAAUGCUUUCCAAUAUCUGGUUAUGUUUUCCAAAACUGCUUGUAACUACAGUAUAAUUACACAUGGUUGACAGACAUUUGGAUAAAAUUGUGCUCUAUAAUACAUCAGGUUCAGAAAAUGAGAGAAGGCGUAGGAAAUUCUAUUACCAUAAACAUCCUUUGUUUUAUUGGUUUGAGGGCUGCUUAAGAGCACACGAAGCACUUUUGUUGCAGUACUCCAAGAGUAUGGAGUAGCCAGGGCAGGAAGAGUGUUCAUCCUGACAUUACACACAGGGAAGUGUGUGAUGUAAUAGCUUCUAUGUACUCUGAGCUGGAAGUCUUAGCCAGAGACACCACAGAGCAAAUUCCUGAACCGACUCAAAUGGUAUUGUGAACGCUGUUUGCCCCGUGGAACUCCAGUGUGGAAGUCCAGGCAGGUACAGGGGUGGAGAGUUGGGAAGAAACUCAGCCCGAUGUUGUGCUUCUUGAAGCAUAGGAGAGUUCUCCUAAUACUCAGUAUGAUGUAACCCAAACAGGAACGCAUAGCCAGUGACACAACAGAGCAAAUUCCUGGACCUACACAAAUGACGUUGAGACCCAGCCUCAUCCUGUUGAGAGGUUGUGUGUAGUAGUCCAGGUGUUUAUAAGAGUGGAGGUCUGGGAGAGAACUCAGCCCGACGUUACACACGUGGAUAUGUGGUGCUUGAAUCUUGCACAUUGUACCAUCCACAGAACAGAGUAGUUCUCCUAUUGCUCACUGUGAUGUAACCCAAACUGGAACGCUUAA